AUGGGCAAAGUGAACGAACCCCUUUUGAUCAUCCCCGAAGAACAUAAUAUUGCUCUCAAAUUCAGAGACGACAGACUUCCACCCGACCACGCCGACCUCUUAAGAAGAUAUAAGGCCGAUCUGAGUUUACCGAAUUCCUCAAUUCGCCCAGAAAACCACUGUUCGAAGAAAUUGCUUCAGAUCAUGACUAGAGAAGACAAGGUGCUGUGGGAUCUGAUAGAGACGAUAAAGAGGAACCGACCGAUGGGCAUACACGGGACUUACAUGAAGAGCUACACCAAAGAUUUACACGUGAAGGAUGAGCUACUCUUUUUAGACAAUAAACUAGUCGUCCCAGCUACCAUCAGGGGAACUUUUAAUUCAAUGCUACACGAGACUCACCCAGGACAGUUCGGGAUGAAAUCCCUCGCCGAAUAUUUGUGGUGGCCACAUAUUUACCGAGAUAUUUAUGAUCACGGGAGAACAUGUACCCAAUGUUUAAAAGCGGGUCAGAACAUUAAAGUGUUACUAGGCACACAUAAUAUUUCGAAACUUCCGACGUUGACAUUCGCGAACGAAGAAAUUAAUUUGGAUUUUGCGGGACCGUUGGAUGCUAGCUGGGGUAACAACAAAUACAUUCUUCUUUGCAUCGACCGUUACACUAAGUUUCCAUCGGCCAAGAUUGUCAAUAACACCUCUACAAGAAACGUAAUUUCAUUCCUAAACGAUUACUGUCAUCUUCACAGAUUCCCAAGAAAAAUUAGAGUCGACCAUGGGUCAUGCUUUCUUUCACAUGAUUUCAAAAACUUCUGCGAUAAAUUUAAUAUAGAAAUCAUUUACUGCACUGUCGGAGACCACAGAUCCAACGGGCUAGUGGAAAGACUAGUGUACACAAUUAAAUCGAAAUUACUGGCAAUGUCAUUCGAAGUACCCAAACCAUCUCUAAACGAUUCGAUCGAGAAAAUCAUCUGGAAUCUGAGAAUCUCAAAACAAACGGCGAUCGGCUGUACUCCGUUUGAAAAGCAUUUUAAUAGAGUAGCGAACACUAGGUGGAAAAAUCUUAUGUCCAAUAUUGAACAUUUAGAAAAAGAAAAGGCUAUAUUGUCCAAAGAGCGGGCUACUAACUGGGAACUACACGACGGGGCAGAAGAUGGCUAUUUGGACGAGGAAAAGGACAGCACGUCGGACCCAGAAGAAAACUUGCCAUUAGCUAGGACUUUCGCCUACACACAACCCCGGACGACACUACCCGAACUUCAGAUCCACUGGGAAAAAGAAAAGCAGUAA